UCAGUGGGCGUAAUAAUGAUAUUUGCAUUCGCAAUAGUGUGCAAGAAGGGAAAAUCAGCGCAACGAGAAGCUGGCAUGGCGCUCCAGCAGAGUGGAGCAGUGAACACGAUGAUUUACGGUGUUCAGCCACAACAUCCAGGAGCAUUCGGUCAGCCUGGAGCGCCACCAAUAGUGCAGCCGGCAUCUGUGACACCGAUAGUCUACGGACCACAUGGAGAAGUCAGCUACUACCCUGCUACUAAAACGGGAAUACCUUCUCAGCCGUACGGAAACACAGAGCCCAGGACUACACAUGAUUCCGAGGACUUUGUCGUGAUGUCUGAUGGCCAUCAAGUAGAACCGACUGCACCUGUCGAUUCCCCACCAAGUUAUGAUGACGUCAUCAGCAAAGACACGCCCACCGAGGACUAGACACAUGAACAAUGGAUACUGAUCCUCAUAGUACCCAAACCUGCAGCUAAGUUUAAUUAUGAUAUGUUGAUUUUGACUUCAAAGUUCAUGCACGCAGAGUUGAAUUAGUUCAGGAUAGCCAGGUAAGUUUGAACUAUUAGACGAGUGAUUACAGACGUCUCUUUACCAAGUUUUAGGGAAGAGGGUGAGGGGGGGGGGGAAAUAUUUCGGAAAUACCACGAGGGGUAAAACUGUAACCUUAUCCUUUUCUGGAGCCGCAGCUUUUAAACCUGGAGCGGGCUUGUCGUAAGGUGGCAGCAUUCGCGGUGGCUUUGUUUGAGACUGCAACCCGCCUUUCUGACAAGAUGAAUCUACAACUUAGAAUCAUUCACCCGAUUUUGUUUCUCGGCUAAAAAUUGCCUAUUUUAAUAUCCUCCAGCUCCUCUUGAGAUCACCAUACUAAUCGUGAAAAAGUUUGAAUAAAGAAAAAGAAGAGCACAAGUUGUCUUCUUAAACGUAAACAGCGCCACCUACUGUCAAAUGGCCUGGUGUCUCCUGCUAGUUUUCAUAUUCCCAAUGUCGGAAAAGUUGGAGGAUUUGUUCUAUUUCGUUCAUUUGUCAUCGACUCAAAUGUACACUCUCAUUGUCACACCACCAUAUUCCUCUAUUCUGUUGUAUCUGAUGCUGACUACAGUUUGGUUCUAAAUGCAAUAUAUAAUACAAGUCGAGCGGAUUCAGUCCUCAGUCGGAAGUGGCAACUAGCGUACUAACAGAGUUUUGGUAUUUUCAUGGGAAGUGCUAAGCACAAAUAUUUGCUUAGCACCAAAAAAGUCUGGCUUAUAAAAGCAGGUUACCAGCCAAAAUGUGAUUUUCAUGCUAAGCAAACAACAGCUGAGUACUAAUCACGAGCAAUAUACAUUACGUGGAGUUUUGGCUGGUAACUUGCUUUUAUUAGCCAGACGUUUUUGUGCUAAGCACAUUUUUUUGCUGAGCAGCGCCUUGAAAUUGGCCCCAAGUCACAGAUCAAAAUUACCAAAAAUUCGUUUGAGGCAACAUGUAUAAAUGACGACAUUAAGAUGGCCGCCCGUAUGUCCCAUUUGUGUAUCCGUAUUCCAUGUUCAUUUGUCAUUGUGACGUAUUUUCCCUUAAUUAACAGUCUUACUAGCUGAUGUGCAUGCUUAGAUUGGCCUCUAGAGAGUCGUCUGCUCUGAACAAGAAAUAUACAGGAUCCCUUUGAGGAUUUUUGGUCAGUGACGUCAUCAAACUGGCGGCCACUUUGAUGUAUAGAGGCGUCGCAUUCCGUUUCCCCCACUUUCUUAUGCAGUCUUGUCAAACUUUAAACAAUUAAAACUUCAAAAUAAUUAUUAAUUAUAUCCACGCUGAUUGGGG